ACGAAGAACGGGAAAGAAAGACGGAAAGAGAGAGAUAUAGAGCGAGAAACAAGGCGCGGAGCGGCAACACCACAGCAGUAGAGAGAGAAUUUCUUGAUAAUAAUAAUUAAUAAUUAUCAUAAAUUAAUCAUCAUUUUGUUAUACUUUCCUUUCUCCUCUCUUUUCUUUCUCAUAAUUAUAGCCGAAGUCGCGUUUUCCUUUUUUUUAGGGCUGAAAAAUUUCACAUCUCCCUAAAAAAAAUCAAAAUUAAGUAAAAACAGCGAGACAAGGAAAGAAAAAAAAUAACACGAAAGGAGAAAUUAAAGCCGCCAGAUCUUGCUGCCCAUAAAUCCCGACUCCUCAUCACUUUCGAACAUUUCUUUUCUCAAUCGAUUCAAUUGUCUAAUAUUAUUUCUUUGUUAAUCUUGAGCAAGGGAAGGGAAGGAGAGAGAUCCUUGCAGAUAUUUAUGAGUACUAGUGUUGUAAUAAUAUAGAAGGAGGAGUUGGAUCUGGUGAAACGGAAUUUGAAAUCGUCGUCCGUCGUCGUAGUCUUCGUCGUCGUCGGAUGAGAGGGAAUCAUAGAAGGGAAUUGAAAGAGAAUAAACGAUGAAAUGGGUAACAUUGCUUAAGGACAUAAAAGAGAAGGUCGGUUUAACUCAAUCUCCUUCGCCUUCUAGUUCACCAGCUACUACUGCUUCUCCUCCUCCUUCUUCAUCGCCUGCUAAUUCACACAAUGCUUCCUCUUCUACCACUUUUCAUGACUUCCCUUCAUCUCCUUCCAGAGAUCGACAUGAAUUGGAAUUGGACUUCAAGAGAUUUUGGGAGGAGUUCCGCUCAUCCAGUUCCGAAAAGGAGAAAGAAAUGGCCUUGAAUUGGACUAUAGAUGCUUUUUGUAGAUUAGUGAAGCAGCACGCUAAUGUAGCUCAAUUAGUUACCAUGUUAGUUGAAACACAUAUAUUCUCUUUUGUUGUGGGAAGAGCAUUUGUAACCGAUAUUGAUAAAUUAAAAAUCGGCAGCAAAACAAGAUCUUUGGAUGUAGAGAAAGUGUUGAGAUUUUUCUCUGAAGUUACAAAGGAUGGCAUCGGUCCCGGUUCAAAUUUGUUAACUGCUGUUGAAGCUCUUGUAUCCGGGCCUAUUGAUAAACAAUCUCUCCUUGAUUCUGGAAUAUUAUGCUGUCUCAUUCACAUUCUCAGUGCCCUUCUGAGCACUGAAACCAAUCUAAGGCAAAAGCUUACAAACUCCGAAGGAUCAUUGCCAUCUGAAAAAGAUCAAGAUGGUGCUUUAGGGCAAGUUCGCCGGCUUGAGGUGGAAGGAAGUGUAGUGCAUAUUAUGAAAGCAUUGGCAAACCAUCCUUCAGCAGCACAAAGCUUGAUUGAAGACAAUUCACUUCAGUUGCUGUUUCAGAUGGUUGCUAAUGGGUCUUUAACAAUAUUUUCUCGCUAUAAAGAAGGUCUUGUUCCACUGCACAGCAUACAACUUCAUCGGCAUGCAAUGCAGAUACUUGGUCUUCUUUUGGUCAACGACAAUGGAAGCACUGCAAGAUAUAUACGCAAACACCAUCUGAUAAAAGUUCUUUUAAUGGCAGUUAAAGAUUUCAAUCCAGACUCUGGUGAUUCUGCCUACACCAUGAGCAUUGUGGACUUGUUACUUGAAUGUGUGGAAUUGUCAUACAGACAGGAAGCUGGUGGUGUCAGGCUCAGGGAAGAUAUACAUAAUGCCCAUGGUUACCAGUUCCUUGUGCAGUUUGCAUUGGUUCUGUCCUCUGCACCACAAAAUCAGGACUCUCAGUCUGUUUAUUCCAAGACUUCUCCUGCCUUUGAUGGCACAGAAGAUGGUUCUCAUGCAAUGAAUGAUGAACAGAGACAGGAAUUAACAGAAAAAGAAGACCCCUCAUCAGCUCAAUUAUCACCUGCAUUGUCUAGGUUGCUUGAUGUUCUUGUCAAUCUAUCUCAAACUGGUCCUGCUGAAUCUACAGCAUGGUCUGCAGGAAAAAGUUCCAAAUCUUCUCACACUCGACCCAGCAGAAGUCGCACGUCAUCUUUAGAUCGAGUUGCUGAUGAAAAUUGGGAGAAAGACAACAGUAAAGUUAAAGACCUUGAAGCAGUCCAGAUGUUGCAAGACAUUUUGCUAAAGGCAGACAGUACAGUACUUCAGGCAGAAGUAUUAAAUAGAAUGUUUAAGAUAUUCUCAAGUCAUCUUGAAAACUAUAAGUUGUGUCAACAAUUACGGACCGUUCCACUUUUCAUCCUAAAUAUGGCUGGUUUCCCACCAUCAUUGCAAGAGAUAAUCUUGAAAAUUCUAGAAUACGCUGUGACUGUUGUGAAUUGUGUUCCUGAGCAAGAGUUGCUAUCUCUUUGUUGCUUAUUGCAGCAACCGAUAGCAUCAGAGCUGAAGCACACCAUACUCUCUUUCUUUGUGAAACUUUUGUCAUUUGAUCAACAGUACAAGAAAGUCCUGCGAGAAGUUGGUGUGCUGGAAGUUCUGUUAGAUGAUCUGAAGCAGAACAAGUUUCUUUUGGGCCCAGAACAACAAACUGUUAGCCCUAAUCAGUCAGACAAAAAAUCUAGUUCUAGUUUCAAGAAACACUUGGACACUAAAGAUACUAUUCUUUCUUCACCCAAGCUAAUGGAAUCUGGUGGCUCAGGGAAAUUUCCUAUUUUUGAAAUUGAGGGUACAAUAUCUGUUGCAUGGGAUUGUAUGGUCUCUUUAGUGAAGAAAGCUGAAGCUAGUCAAGCAUUGUUCCGGUCAGCUAAUGGUGUGACCAUUGUUCUUCCUUUUAUUGUGUCCAAUGUUCAUCGUCCUGGGGUUCUCCGGAUAUUGUCAUGUUUGAUCACUGAAGAUAUUGCACAGACUCAUCAUGAAGAACUAGGUGUACUUGUUGAGGUUCUCAAAAGUGGAAUGGUUACAAGCAGUGCUGGACAUCAGUAUAGGCUUCGAAGUGAUGCAAAAUGUGACACAAUGGGUGCCUUGUGGCGCAUAUUGAGAGUUAAUACUUCAGCUCAGAGGGUCUUUGGUGAAGCCACUGGCUUUUCUCUUAUGCUGACAACACUCCAUAGUUUCCAAGGUGAUGGGGAACAGACAGAAGAAUCUUCUUUAGAGGUUUCCAUGAAGUUGUUCACAUACUUACUGCGCCUGAUGACAGCUGGAGUGUGUGAUAAUGCUAUUAACAGGAUAAAAUUGCAUACUAUUAUGUCAUCCCACACUUUCUAUGAGCUUCUAUCUGAAUCUGGCUUGGUUUGUGUGGAAUGUGAAAAGCAAGUUAUACAGCUGUUGUUGGAGCUUGCUCUUGAAAUUGUGCUUCCACCAUUCUUGUCAGCAGAUAGUGAUGUGCCAACUAAUAUGAUGGAAUCUGGGUCAGCUUGUUUUCUUCUUACUACCCCAUCAGGCCUGUUAAAUCCUGAUAAGGAACGAGUGUACAAUGCUGCGGCUGUUAGAGUUCUGAUCCGCUCGCUGUUGCUCUUCACUCCCAAAGUGCAGUUAGAAGUACUGAAUCUUAUAGAAAGGCUUGCUCGUGCUGGCCCCUUUAAUCAGGAAAAUCUCACCUCAGUAGGCUGCGUGGAACUUCUAUUGGAGACAAUCCACCCCUUCCUAUCAGGCUCAUCUACGUUACUUCUGUACAUGUUGAAGAUUGUGGAAGUUCUUGGUGCAUAUAGGCUAUCUGCAUCAGAACUCAGACUGCUUAUUAGAUAUAUACUGCAAACGAGGCUUAUGAAUUCAGGCCAUAUUCUUGUUGAUAUGAUGGAGAGGUUGAUUCUCAUGGAAGAUAUGGCCUCAGAAAAUGUUUCUCUGGCACCGUUUGUUGAGAUGGAUAUGAGUAAAAUUGGCCAUGCUGCUGUUCAGGUGUCUCUGGGAGAAAGAUCCUGGCCUCCUUCUGCGGGUUAUUCAUUUGUUUGUUGGUUCCAGUUUAAACAUUUCUUGAGAUCACAAGCAAAGGAAACAGAGCCGUCCAAAGCUGGCCCUUCAAAAAGGCGGAGUAGUUCAAAUGGGCAGCAAAAUGAACAGAAUAUUCUCCGUAUACUUUCUGUUGGUACGGCUAGCAAUGAAAACACAUUUUAUGCAGAACUUUAUCUUCAAGAGGAUGGUGUUCUAACCCUUGCUACUAGCAACUCUAGUGCCUUGUCUUUUUCUGGAUUAGAAUUGGAAGAAGGCAGAUGGCAUCACCUUGCAGUUGUUCAUAGCAAACCAAAUGCUCUUGCUGGACUAUUUCAAGCUAGUGUUGCAAAUGUGUAUCUCAAUGGAAAGCUAAAACACACAGGGAAACUAGGAUAUUCACCAUCUCCGGCUGGAAAACCUUUGCAGGUCACCAUUGGGACACCAGUUAAUUGUGCAAGGGUUAGUGAGUUGACAUGGAAACUUCGUUCUUGCUACCUUUUUGAGGAGGUGCUUACAUCAGGGUGUAUUUGUUUCAUGUACAUUCUUGGCAGAGGAUACAGAGGGCUCUUCCAAGACUCGAACCUUCUACGUUUUGUCCCCAACCAGGCUUGUGGUGGUGGUAGCAUGGCCAUCUUGGAUUCAUUAGAUGCUGAAUUGCCUUUGGCAACACAGAAGCUCGAGAGUGCUAGCAAGCAGGGGGAUUCUAAAGCAGAUGGUAGUGGGAUUGUUUGGGAUUUGGAGAGAUUAGGAAACCUCUCAUUGCAGCUUUCUGGAAAGAAACUUAUUUUUGCAUUUGAUGGAACAUGUACUGAAUCUGUUCGAGCAUCUGGCAUAUUCUCAUUGCUCAAUCUGGUUGAUCCUAUGUCAGCUGCUGCCUCUCCUAUCGGGGGUAUACCACGAUUUGGACGCCUUCAUGGAGAUAUCUAUGUUUGUAAGCAAUCUGUAAUUGGUGAUGCAAUCCGCCCUGUAGGUGGUAUGGCUGUUGUCCUGGCCCUUGUUGAAGCUGCUGAAACCAGGGAUAUGCUUCACAUGGCUUUGACAUUACUUGCCUGUGCUCUUCAUCAGAAUCCCCAAAAUGUGAAAGAUAUGAAAAAAUAUAGGGGAUACCAUUUGCUAGCUCUGUUUCUGCGUCGUAGAAUGUCAUUAUUUGACAUGCAAUCUCUUGAGAUAUUUUUUCAAAUUGCUGCAUGUGAAGCUUCAUUUUCUGAACCAAAGAAGUUGGAACGCAGGCAAGCUACUCUAUCACCUGCUGCCACUUUGCAGGACACCAGCUUCGAGGAACUCAGCUUGUCAAAAUUUCGUGAUGAAAUUUCUUCGGUUGGAUCUCAUGGGGACAUGGAUGAUUUUUCUGCACAAAAAGAUUCAUUUAGCCAUAUUUCUGAACUAGACAAUUCUGAUAUGCUAGUUGAAACUUCAAAUUGUAUCGUCUUGUCAAAUGCCGAUAUGGUUGAGCAUGUCUUGUUGGACUGGACAUUGUGGGUGACUGCCCCAGUUUCAAUCCAAAUUCAACUUCUAGGAUUUCUGGAGCAUUUGGUUUCCAUGCAUUGGUACAGGAAUCAUAACCUUACCGUUCUGCGUCGAAUAAACCUUGUUCAGCAUUUGCUAGUGACUUUGCAGCGUGGUGAUGUUGAAGUUCCUGUUUUGGAGAAAUUAGUGGUGUUGCUUGGGGUCAUUUUGGAAGAUGGGUUUCUGGCUUCUGAACUAGAGAAUGUGGUGAGGUUUGUGAUUAUGACAUUUGACCCACCUGAACUGAAACCAAGGCAUCAAAUAGCUCGAGAAUCAAUGGGUAAGCAUGUAAUUGUAAGGAAUAUGCUCCUAGAGAUGCUUAUUGAUCUACAAGUAACCAUCAAAUCAGACGAGUUACUUGAGCAGUGGCAUAAGAUUGUGUCAUCAAAACUGGUAACAUAUUUUCUUGAUGAAGCUGCCCAUCCUACAAGCAUGAGAUGGAUCAUGACUCUUCUUGGUGUGUCUCUCACUUCUUCUCCCACUUUUGCUCUUAAAUUUCGCACCAGUGGUGGUUAUCAGGGUCUUAUGCGGGUGCUUCCUAGUUUUUAUGAUUCUCCUGAUAUAUAUUAUAUUUUGUUCUGUCUGAUAUUUGGAAAGCCCGUGUACCCAAGACUACCAGAAGUGCGCAUGCUAGAUUUUCAUGCCCUUAUGCCAAGUGAUGGAAGCUAUGUGGAGUUGAAAUAUGUGGAGCUAUUGGAAUCAGUGAUUGUGAUGGCAAAAUCUACUUUUGAUAGGUUAAGCAUGCAGUCCGUGCUUGCUCAUCAAACUGGUAAUCUUUCCCAGAUUGGUGCUAGCCUUGUCGCAGAGCUUGUGGAAGGAAAUGCAGACAUGACAGGAGAGCUUCAAGGUGAAGCUUUGAUGCAUAAGACAUAUGCAGCGCGCUUAAUGGGUGGUGAGGCAUCAGCUCCUGCUGCUGCAACCGCAGUUCUGAGAUUUAUGGUUGAUCUCGCAAAGAUGUCUCCUCCCUUUUCAGCUGCUUGCAGAAGGCCUGAGUUUCUUGAAAGCUGCAUCGACCUUUAUUUUUCUUGCACCAGAGCAGCUUAUGCAGUGAAGAUGGUGAAAGCACUUUCUGAGAAGACAGAAGAAAAGGAGUUGAAUGAUGGUGAUGAUACCAGCAGUUCUCAGAAUACUUUCUCUAGCUUACCGCUUGAACAAGAACAAUCUGCAAAGACCUCCAUUAGUGCUGGAAGCUUUCCUCAAGGGCAUGCAAGUACAAGUUCUGAAGAUAUGCUUGUGUCCCUAAAUGAUGUGGCUGAUGUUAAAGCAGAGAUUGCCAUCUCUAAUUCCCACGAGGAAUUGAAAAAAUCAGCCCAAGGUGUCCCAGCUGUUCAGAACUUUGUUGGGGAUAAUGUUGUUCAGAAUUCUGCCAUCUCCAGCUCAAAUGAAUUCAAUAUCCGUAAUGUUGAUGGCAAUAUGGAUUCCUUUCGACAGGCAGAUUCCCUGAGUUCAGCAUCUCUCAACAUACCAGAUUCUCCUAUUAUAUCCGAGAAGUCGAGCACAAGAAUCCCCCUCACACCACCAUCAUCACCGGCCCUUGCAUUGUCAUCUUGGCUUGGCAGCGCGUCCCACAAAGAAUCCAAAGCUUCAUUACAAGCCACUCCUUCCAUGGAGUCUUCUGUGUCUGGUAGUGAAUUUGAUCCAUCGGCGGACUUGAAGGCUUGUUCCCCAGGGCCAUCUGCUGCAAACUCAUUUUUUGCAGUUAGCCCGAAGCUUCUCCUUGAAAUGGAUGAUUCUGGCUAUGGGGGAGGACCGUGUUCUGCAGGAGCGAAUGCUGUGUUAGAUUUCAUGGCAGAAGUUCUUUCUGAUUUUAUCACUGAGCAGAUUAAAGCAGCACAGGUUAUAGAGGGCAUCUUGGAAACAGUACCUUUAUAUGUUGAUGCUGAAUCUGUAUUGGUUUUUCAGGGUUUGUGCCUUAGCAGGUUGAUGAACUUUGUGGAAAGGCGUCUUUUGCGUGAUGAUGAGGAAGAUGAGAAAAAGCUAGACAAAAGUCGAUGGACCUCAAACCUGGAUGCUUUAUGUUGGAUGAUAGUAGAUCGUGUUUAUAUGGGCUCCUUUCCUCAACCUGCUGGUGUGUUGAAAACUCUGGAGUUCUUGUUGUCAAUGUUACAGCUGGCAAAUAAAGAUGGUCGCAUUGAAGAAGCAGCUCCUGCAGGAAAGAGUCUUUUAUCUAUCACAAGAGGAAGCAGGCAACUUGAUACUUUUAUAAAUUCACUCCUUAAGAACACAAAUCGUAUGAUAAUGUACUGUUUUUUGCCACCAUUUUUGGUCACCAUAGGAGAGGAUGAUCUUCUUUCAUGCUUAGGUUUGUUUAUUGAGCCCAAGAAAAGAUUACCAUCCAAUUCUUCACAAGAUGAUUCAGGAAUUGAUAUCUGCACAGUUUUGCAGUUGCUAGUUGCUCACAAGCGCAUUAUUUUCUGUCCCAGCAAUGUUGAUACUGAUCUGAAUUGCUGUCUUUGUGUAAAUCUAAUAUCUCUUCUCCAUGAUCAAAGGCAAAACGUUCAGAACAUGGCAGUCGAUAUUGUCAAGUAUCUGCUGGUGCACCGCAGGGCUGCGCUGGAAGACUUGCUUGUUUCUAAACCAAAUCAAGGGCAGCACAUAGAUGUACUACAUGGUGGCUUCGACAAAUUAUUGACUGGAAGUUUGUCUACUUUCUUUGAGUGGUUUCAGAGUUCUGAACUGAUGGUCAACAAAGUAUUGGAGCAGUGUGCAGCCAUUAUGUGGGUUCAGUGUAUUGCUGGAUCGGCAAAAUUUCCAGGAGUGAGAAUUAAAGGUUUGGAGGUUCGUCGUAGGAGGGAAAUGGGUAGAAGAUCACGGGAUAUUUUGAAGUUGGACCAAAAACAUUGGGAACAGGUAAAUGAACGAAGAUAUGCAUUGGACAUGCUUCGUGAUGCAAUGUCUACUGAGUUAAGAGUUGUCCGCCAAGAUAAGUAUGGAUGGGUUCUCCAUGCUGAAAGUGAGUGGCAAACCCUUCUUCAACAACUUGUACAUGAGCGUGGGAUAUUCCCACUGCAGAAAUCCUCGGCAACUGAAGAUCCUGAAUGGCAGCUUUGUCCCAUUGAAGGACCAUACAGGAUGCGCAAAAAGCUUGAGCGCUGCAAAUUGAGGAUCGACACUGUUCAAAAUGUUCUUGAUGGACAGUUUGAGUUAGGAGAAGCAGAGCUGUUGAAGGGAAAAUAUGAGGAUGGCCCAGAUGCUUCUGAUACUGACACUGAAUUGUUUUUUCAUCUUUUAACUGAUGGCGCCAAACAAAAUGGUGUGGAUGGUGAUAUGUAUGGUGAAUUUCUUAAAGAAUCAGAUGAUGUGAAAGGUACAGCUUCUGUUAGAAGUGGAUGGAAUGAUGACCGAGCUAGUGACAUGAAUGAAGCAAGUCUUCACUCAGCACUUGAAUUUGGUGUCAAGUCUAGUACCGUGUCUGUCCCAAUGUCAGAGAGCAUGCAUGAAAAAUCAGACGUUGGAACUCCAAUGCAAUCAUCGUCUAAUAAAGCAGAUGGAAUCAUUGUCACUGAAGAUAAAUCAGAUAAAGAACUGAAUGAUAAUGGUGAAUAUCUGAUCCGACCAUAUUUGGAACCUCAAGAAAAGAUACGAUUCAAAUAUAACUGUGAGCGAGUUGUGGGUUUGGACAAGCAUGAUGGUAUAUUUUUGAUAGGGGAGCUUUCUUUAUACAUAAUCGAGAAUUUUUACGUUGAUGAUUCUGGGUGUAUUUGUGAAAAAGAAUGCGAGGAUGAACUCUCUGUUAUUGAUCAGGCUUUGGGUGUAAAGAAGGAUGUUACUGGCAGUGCUGAUUUCCAAUCCAAGUCAACUUCAUCCUGGAUCACAACAGUAAAGGCAUGUGUUGGUGGAAGGGCAUGGGCCUAUAAUGGUGGUGCAUGGGGCAAGGAGAAAGUGUGUACUAGUGGUAAUUUACCCCAUCCCUGGCAUAUGUGGAAGCUCAACAGUGUUCAUGAGAUUCUGAAACGUGAUUACCAGCUCCGACCUGUUGCUGUUGAGAUAUUCAGCAUGGAUGGAUGCAAUGAUCUCCUCGUGUUCCACAAAAAGGAGAGAGAAGAAGUAUUCAAAAAUCUGGUUGCCAUGAAUCUUCCAAGAAAUAGCAUGUUGGAUACUACAAUUUCUGGAUCAGUAAAACAAGAAAGUAACGAGGGCAGUCGCUUAUUUAAGAUAAUGGCUAAAUCCUUCUCUAAAAGGUGGCAAAAUGGAGAAAUUAGCAAUUUCCAAUAUCUCAUGCAUCUCAACACCUUGGCCGGUAGAGGAUACAGUGAUCUGACCCAAUAUCCAGUAUUUCCAUGGGUUCUCGCUGAUUAUGAGAGUGAAAAUCUGGAUUUGUCCAAUCCUAAAUCCUUUCGUAAGCUCGAGAAGCCAAUGGGUUGUCAAACACAAGAGGGAGAAGAUGAAUUUAAGAAACGAUAUGAGACCUGGGAUGAUCCAGAGGUUCCAAAAUUUCAUUAUGGUUCUCACUAUUCUAGUGCCGGAAUUGUCCUCUUCUACCUUUUACGCCUUCCACCAUUCAGUGUAGAGAAUCAGAAGCUGCAGGGUGGCCAAUUUGAUCAUGCUGAUCGUCUUUUCAACAGUAUUCGAGAUACUUGGUCAAGUGCAGCAGGGAAGGGAAAUACAUCUGAUGUCAAGGAAUUGAUUCCAGAAUUCUUCUACAUGCCAGAAUUUCUGGAGAACAUGUUCAAUCUUGAUCUGGGAGAGAAACAAUCAGGAGAGAAGGUUAGUGAUGUCCUCUUACCCCCAUGGGCGAAAGGCAGUGCUAGAGAUUUCAUUAGGAAGCAUAGAGAAGCACUGGAAUCUGAUUUUGUUUCAGAAAAUCUUCAUCAUUGGAUAGAUCUCAUUUUUGGAUAUAAACAGAGAGGGAAGGCAGCUGAAGAAGCUGUUAAUGUUUUCUAUCAUUACACAUACGAGGGGAGUGUGGACAUAGACUCGGUAACAGAUCCUUCAAUGAAAGCCUCCAUUCUAGCACAAAUCAAUCACUUUGGGCAGACACCCAAGCAGCUAUUCCUCAAACCCCAUGUGAAAAGACGUUCCAAUAGAAGGAUUCAUCACCCACUCAAGUAUUCAUCCCAUCUCACUCCACAUGAAAUACGCAAGAGCUCAUCUGCCAUAACCCAGAUUGUUACUGUUCACGAGAAAAUUCUUGUGGCGGGCACAAAUAGUUUGCUCAAGCCUACAACAUAUACCAAAUAUGUUGCUUGGGGUUUCCCAGAUCGUAGUUUGAGAUUUAUGAGCUAUGAUCAAGAUAGACUCCUCUCAACUCAUGAGAAUCUUCACGGGGGCAGCCAGAUUCAGUGUGCUGGUGCUAGUCAUGAUGGUCAAAUUUUGGUUACAGGAGCUGAUGAUGGGUUACUCUGUGUUUGGAGAAUCAGCAAGGAUGGCCCCCGUGCGCUGCGGCAUCUGCAGUUGGAGAAUGCACUUUGUGGUCACACGGCCAAAAUCACAUGCCUUCAUGUUAGCCAGCCUUACAUGCUGAUUGUGAGUGGCUCUGAUGACUGCACAGUUAUUUUAUGGGACCUCAGCUCCUUGGUUUUUGUUAGGCAACUGCCAGAGUUUCCUGUGCCAAUUUCAGCAAUUUAUGUGAAUGACUUGACUGGAGAGAUUGUGACAGCAGCUGGAAUUCUGCUUGCUGUCUGGAGCAUCAAUGGGGACUGCCUUGCAGUGAUUAACACAUCCCAACUGCCAUCUGAUUCUAUUCUCUCAGUGACGAGCUGUACGUUUUCCGAUUGGCUGGACACAAACUGGUAUGUGACUGGCCACCAGAGUGGGGCAGUUAAGGUGUGGCACAUGGUUCACUGCUCCAACCAAGAGAGUGCCUUAAGCAAAUCUACCAGCAAUUUGACGGGUGGGCUAAAUUUAGGUGAUAAGGUACCGGAGUACAGGUUACUUCUCCACAAGGUACUCAAGUUUCACAAACAUCCAGUUACUUCCCUUCAUCUCACGAGCGACCUGAAGCAGUUACUCAGUGGGGAUUCUGGUGGGCAUUUGCUCUCAUGGACACUACCAGAUGAGAGCUUGCUGACUUCAUCUAAUCGGGGGUGAGAAGUGGAAAAACUGAUUUAAGCGUGAUUGUUUCAGCUCGUGGCAGCUAUUUAUUAUUUAUUGAAAUCCUAUGCGGGUUUUGUCUACUACCACGGCAAAGGAAGUAAAGGAUUCUAUGUUCGUAAUACAUUGAGAAGGGAGAACAAGGCAGCAGGGCUGGCCUGGGAUUGAAAGAGGACAGGCCAAAAAGAAGAAGAAAUCUUUUAUAGAUGACUGAUUAAUGUCGAGUUCCUGGCAAGCAUGAAGACCGUCGUGCCAGGCUUCUUAUUGAAAAGGGAAAGUGGAGUCUUGCUUCUUGUUGUACUCUGGGUUCUUGGCGAGGACAUUUUUGGUUUUGCACGUGAACAGAGUCAUUAGGUGGUUUGUUCAAUGUACAUAGUUGGAAUUACCAACAGUGUGUUAUGAAGUUGUAUAGAGAAAAGGUGUGCAAGGAAUGGAGAGGUGUGAAACCACCUGGCCAAGUUAAUUGGGCUAUUGUAUUCUUCGACUUAAUUUUUUUUGCACAGUGCAACGGGGCACACACUGCCCAUUUCUUGUUGAGAA